AUGUCGUCUCAGGCUGCAUCUGCCCAAUUAAACCAUGUUCCAUCACCUCAACAAAACGAGUUCGCUGAUGAUGAACCUCUGCCGUCCACCACACCUGCCGCUCAACCUUUGGGACCUCGGAAGGUAACAAUCAAGACUCAUACAGAGACCACUUCUAUCCCUGCCGCUGAUUCACGCCCACAAUAUCCUGCACUAGUCAGCAUUUGCGCACCACCCCUUGAAGAUCCUGAUGGCGAAGGCCGUACACCCAUUGACCUUGUUACAGUUCUGGACGUAAGCGGCAGCAUGCAAGGCCAAAAGCUUGAACUUGUCAAGCAAGCUGUCAAAUUUGUCAUCGAAAACUUGGGGUCGUCAGAUAGACUUUCUAUAGUAUCUUUUUCAUCAACUGCUAGAACAGAAUUUCCUCUCAGAAGAAUGUCUGCUGACGGCCGUGAAGAUGCCAUCCGAGCCAUUAACUCUCUCAGAACAGAGGACAUGACCAAUAUUGCAGCAGGUCUCAAGAUAGGAGCUCAGAUCCUAAAAGGACGAAGGGAAAAGAACCCAGUUGCUAGCAUCAUCCUCUUAUCUGAUGGCCAUGAUAACCUUUCAAGUGUACCAGAAAUGUUGAACAAUUUGCCUUCUCCAAUUCCUCCUCGCAAUAACAUGAAAGAGGAAAUUCCAGUCCACACAUUUGGAUUUGGCAACGACCAUGAUCCAUAUAGCAUGCAUGCUAUAUCUGAUGCAUCAGGGGGUACCUUUUCAUACAUUGAAUCAGUUGGCAUGAUACAAGAUGGUUUCGCUUUGUGCAUCGGUGGUCUUCUCAGUGUAGUGGCUCAAGAAGUUCGCCUCACGGUAAAGUCAGCUUCAAGUGGCGUGAAGAUUGUAUCGAUACCAUCGGGGAGACAUGUGAAUGAGGUUUCGGAUGAGGGUCAGCAAGGUGUUGUUCAUGUCGGAAAUAUGUACGCAGAAGAGGUGAAACAAUUUCUGGUCUACCUCUCAGUUCCUCCAUCCUCAGCUUCGGACAGUAAGACACCAUUGUUAGACUUGUCAUGCUCGUACAAAGAUCCAGCUUCUGAUGAGUUGAUCCAGGUUCAAGGUGAAAGAGUAGAGAUAUCAAGACCUCAGUUUUGUUCUCCAGCUGAAGUGGCAGUGUCUUUGGAGGUUGAUCGUCAGAGGAAUAGACUUUUGGUGGCAGAUGCCAUUGGAGAGGCACAAAGGUUGGCUGAAAUGGGAAAUCUGGAGGGUGCACGCGAGGUUCUGACUCACCGAAGAAAAACUCUGUUGGCAUCAGCAGCAGCCCUAGGUGGGGAUAGUCUUAGCAAAUUGCUUGAAACUGAGCUCAGAGAAGUGAGGGAUCGGAUGAAAAGUAGGGAAAUGUACGAGUACGUAGGGCGUGCUUACGCUUGUGCAGGAAUGAGUUCACAUUCAUUGCAGAGGGCCUCAGCUAGGGGUAACGCUAGAGGCUCGUGUCUCGCUGCCGGUUUAAAAUUAGCUGCCAAAACUGGCUGCUUUGUUUAUUCUAGGGGUCGUAGCGCCGGUGCUCAUGGUGGCGGUGUUCGUAGUGGCGGUGGUCGUGGUUCCCGCGGUGGUCUUGGUUCCCGUGGCAGCUUUGGUGCCAGUGGACGUGGUUUCCGUGGUCGUGGAGCGGCUGGUCGUGGUGCCUAUAGAAGUAUGCUAUUUAAUGAUGCUUCGUUACACGGUGACGAAGAUGAAGCCGAGGAUUGUGAGGCUGAUCACCUCGUUGGUGCUUUUGAAACACCCGCUAUGAUUAGAAUGGUGCAGAAAUCACAGAAGAGGAAUCGAUCUACAUGA